AUGUCAAAACCACACCCUCAUUCGUCAUAUUUCCUCGGGGUUAAUAAGACCAUGUCAAAACCACACCCUCAUUCGUCAUAUUUCCUCGGGGUUAAUAAGACCAUGUCAAAACCACACCCUCAUUCGUCAUAUUUCCUCGGGGUUAAUAAGACCAUGUCAAAACCACACCCUCAUUCGUCAUAUUUCCUCGGGGUUAAUAAGACCAUGUCAAAACCACACCCUCAUUCGUCAUAUUUCCUCGGGGUUAAUAAGACCAUGUCAAAACCACACCCUCAUUCGUCAUAUUUCCUCGGGGUUAAUAAGACCAUGUCAAAACCACACUCUCAUUCGUCAUACUUCCUCGGGGUUAAUAAGACCAUGUCAAAACCACACCCUCAUUCGUCAUACUUCCUCGGGGUUAAUAAGACCAUGUCAAAACCACGACCUCAUUCGUCAUACUUCCUCGGGGUUAAUAAUACCAUGUCAAAACCACACCCUCAUUCGUCAUACUUCCUCGGGGUUAAUAAGACCAUGUCAAAACCACACCCUCAUUCGUCAUACUUCCUCGGGGUUAAUAAGACCAUGUCAAAACCACACCCUCAUUCGUCAUACUUCCUCGGGGUUAAUAAGACCAUGUCAAAACCACACCCUCAUUCGUCAUACUUCCUCGGGGUUAAUAAGACCAUGUCAAAACCCGUAUUCGUGAUACGAUGCAUUGUUAUUUUCCUUUUUCUUUUUUGA